CGGGCUGGGCGCCGCGUGGGUCGGCUCCGCCAGGCAGCCGCGGCGGCCGCGGCGGACGGUCAAGCCACGCUGAGGAGCGGGUGGCUGAAGCCGUACUAUUUUGUCGAAUUAAUGGAGAGCAGAAAAGAUAUCACAAACCAAGAAGAACUUUGGAAAAUGAAGCCUAGAAGUCUAGAAGAUGAUGAUUCUUUGAAUAAGGACGCAGGAGAGACCAGCAUGCUGAAAAGACCUGUGCUUUCGCAUUUGCACCAAACAGCCCAUGUGGAUGAAUUUGAUUGCCCUUCAGAACUUCAGCACAAACAGCAAUUCUUUCCAAAAUGGCGCUUGCCAAUUAAAAUAGCUGCCAUUAUAUCAUCCCUGACAUUUCUUUACACUCUUCUGAGGGAAAUAAUUUACCCUUUGGUAACUUCCCAUCAACAGUAUUUUUAUAAAAUUCCAAUUUGGGUUAUCAACAAAGUCUUGCCAGUGGUUUCCAUCACCCUCUUGGCAUUGGUUUAUCUUCCAGGUGUGAUAGCAGCAGUUGUACAACUUCACAAUGGAACCAAGUAUAAGAAAUUUCCACAUUGGCUGGAUAGGUGGAUGUUAAUAAGAAAGCAAUUUGGGCUUCUCAGUUUCUUUUUUGCUGUACUGCACGCACUAUAUAGUCUAUCUUACCCAAUGAGGCGGUCCUACAGAUACAGGUUGCUAAACUGGGCAUACCAACAGGUUCAGCAAAACAAAGAAGAUGCUUGGAUUGAGCACGAUGUUUGGAGAAUGGAGAUUUAUGUGUCUCUGGGUAUUGUGGCACUUGCAAUACUGGCUCUAUUGGCCCUGACAUCUAUUCCAUCUGUGAGCGACUCUUUGACAUGGAGAGAAUUUCACUAUAUUCAGAGCAAACUAGGAAUUGUUUCCCUUCUACUGGGCACAAUACACGCAUUGAUUUUUGCCUGGAACAAAUGGGUAGAUAAAGAGCAAUUUGUGUGGUAUACACCUCCAACUUUUAUGAUAGCUAUUUUCCUUCCAAUUGUUGUCCUGAUAUGUAAAGGCAUACUAUUUCUGCCGUGCUUGAGGAAGAAGAUACUGAAGAUUAGACGUGGUUGGGAAGACGUCACCAAAAUUAACAGAAUUUAGAUGUCUUCCCAGUUGUAGAAUUACUGUUUACACACAUUUUUGUUCAAUAUUGAUGUAUUUUAUCAUAAACGUUUCAAAUAUUUGGUAAUAAAAAGACCACAAGAACAGAGACAUACCAA